CCUACUUUCCGGAGCUGGGAGAAGCGACGCGCUCUUUAACCCACUUUCCGCGCCUGCUCAGUGCGUUCGAAAGUGAAGUCGUCCUGUGCGCAGCAACAGCACUCGCAAGCCUUGCCCUUGAUCUACACAGCGCGGAACUGCGAAGAAGCGACGAACAGCCAUCGGGCAUUGUUUUUAUUGACGUGUUUGUGUGUUGUUGUUUUGUGUGCCGAAUGGUGUCUUGAAUCUGGCCCACCGAAAAUCCGAAUUGUUCAUUCCGGAUUGUGAGUUGUUGUGUGUGCCGUGGCGCCGGCAGGCGUGGAGGAGGGAGAUAUGUUAGUGGAUGGGCCGAACUCUAGUGCCGACAUGAGUAGCGAUUCUUCGGUGACGACUGCGGCGGCACCCAUGGCCCACGACGAUCCCAUAGACAUUACAGCACCCCCCGGCAUGCUGACCGUUGCCUCUUGCCAACAGCAGAGCAUUGGCAACCAGUCGCAGCAGGGGCCCCUGGUGGAAUACCAGCACGACCCGCCGGACACCAAAGAGGGCAUUGAGGAACUGUGUCCUGUGUGCGGGGACAAGGUGUCCGGCUACCACUACGGCCUCUUGACCUGCGAAUCCUGCAAGGGGUUCUUCAAGAGGACCGUCCAGAACAAGAAGGUUUACACGUGUGUGGCUGAUCGCAGCUGUCACAUCGACAAGAGCCAGAGGAAACGUUGUCCAUACUGUCGAUUCCAGAAGUGUCUGGACGUCGGCAUGAAAUUAGAAGCCGUUCGAGCGGACCGGAUGAGGGGAGGCCGUAACAAAUUCGGUCCCAUGUACAAAAGAGACAGAGCACGCAAGUUGCAACUCCUGCGUCAGAAACAGAUCGCCCGAGCGCAAUGCCAGGGCGUGAUGGGCAACGAGGUGCUUCCCAUCGGGGCGCCGCCAUUCACGCCCUCUCUGCCUGCGCCCCCACCCGUGGGCAUGCCCUCGCCCGUCUACUCCGGGGGCGGCGACCAACAGCACAUCAAACAGGAGCUCAUCCAGAUCCCGCAGCUCAGCUCGUCCACCAGUUCCCCAGACUCCUCUCCUUCGCAAGGCGGGGCUUCCGCAGCCCUUGUCCCCGCCCACUACGCCCUGGCGAUCGCGGCGGGCCCCGCCUCCAACGAAAAGACAUGGUCGCCGGGCCGGGCGCCCUCGCCCAAGCAACAGCAACAACAGCCCUAUCCCUACGACACCCUGGGGCCCGUCGCCCUUCUGACGGGCAGUGGCAAAAUACCGCCCCUGAUACGAGAAUUCCAGCAGUCCAUGCCAGAAGACAAAGACUGGCAGAACCAACUCUUCGGCCUGCUUCAGAGUCAAACGUAUAACCAGUGCGAGGUGGACCUCUUCGAACUCAUGUGCAAAGUCAUCGACCAAUCCCUAUUCGCACAGGUCGAUUGGGCCAGGAAUAGUAUAUUUUUCAAGGAACUCAAGGUGGACGACCAAAUGAAGCUGCUCCAGCACUCCUGGAGUGACAUGCUGAUCCUUGACCACCUGCACCAGCGGCUGCACAAUGGCCUGCCCGAAGAGACCACCAUGCCCAACGGACAGAAGUUCAGCCUGGUCAACCUGGCCUUGUUGGGCGUGACCAGCAUGGUGGACAGACUCAACCUCGUUGCCAGCCGCCUCACAGAGCUCAAGUUCGAUCCCCUCGACUUCAUCUGCCUCAAGUUUCUCCUUCUCCUCAACCCAGAUGUUCGAACCCUUUCGAAUCUGAAGCUGGUUCAUGAAGCAUAUGAAAGGGCACAGCAAGCACUCAUGGAGUACACCCUCAGUUGCUAUCCACAAAUUACGGAUAAGUUUACCCAUCUACUGCAGGUCUUGCCUGAAAUUCACGUCAUCAGCGAGCGAGGGGAGGACUUUCUGCUCUACCGACACUUGAAUAGCACCGUUCCAACGCAGACGCUGCUCAUGGAGAUGUUGCACGCCAAGAAGAAGUAAGCGGCCCAUCGUCAAAGUCCGACUGCCAUUGAUUUGACUCUACUGCCAGAAAGACGGCCGAAUCGAACGCUGCACAUUCCACGUUCUGCCGUCAUCGUUUCCCGUCUCGAGCACAUGCAUCGUUACGCGUAUACGUUACUUCAAGAUGAGACUAUUCAUACAUACAUUCUGUGUCAACUAACAAAAGAGUAAUGUCCACUCAUUUAUCGUUUCUUUUUUCGUUCCACCUUUUAAUUCUCUCGUACGAGCGGAAGGGAGGCGGAUGAAGGGGACUCUCGUUUGCCUUCGUGUAUAUUUUGAUUGUUUUGACGCCUUCGAGUGAGAGAGAAGCUCAUACCAGAGUUCGGAGUGGUGUAUGCUCGUUUAGCAUAUAGGCACUGCAGCUUAAGUAUCCUCCAUGCGUGCAUUUUGUUGACCUCAUAUGUCUCAGGGAAAUGACAGAAUGUAGACAUGUUUUACGUAUGCUUUCAACACAAUAAAUUAGCAGCAAUAACAUCUCUUCAUUGUCAUGUUUAUAAUGUUACAUCAUGUAGCUUACUUUAUCCCAAACAAUUAUUAUAUUUAAAAUACUUGCAUGUUUUUAUAUGUACACAUGGCAAGCUCAUGGAUAACAAAAUUAACAAGAAAUUAUGAUGUUAUGUCU